UCCCUCUUCUCUUUUGGCGGGAAAAUCCCUCUCUCAGUUUCUAACAUUUUUGCUCUCUUUCUUCGAUCUUCUCCGUUGACCCAAAACCCUAGUUAGUGUCAUCUGUAUUCUGUAAUAGCACAACUCAGCUCAAUCGAAACAUAAAAUGGCUCCAAAGAAAAGAACAAGUUCAGGAUCAACGAAGAAAUCAAGCAAUCAAAACCAGAACCUUCAGCAACAGCAGCAAUCUCAGGCGUCCAAAUUCGGGAUUCAGCAUUUCUUUGAACGCCACACCCAAAAUGUCCUCUCGCAGAAAUCCAAACCCCUCCUCGUUCCCCACAACUCCAAUUCCAACUCAUUUCAAAACCCUAAAGAAAAUUCCAGUGUCUCAGUGCCAGAAACUUCUAGAAAUAAUGGAUUGAAUUUGAAGAAGUGUGACAAGGAUAAUUCGGUGUCUCGAGAUAAAGGUUAUAAAAAUGUCAAUAAAUCGGAUCAUAUUGAUGUAACAGAGAGAUUUAAGGACAAGGGAGUUGGGGAUGGUAAAUAUAAGGAAAAAAGAGUUACUUUGAAAAUGAAUGAAUCGGGUGGUCCGUCUCAGAGUACACCUACGGAGAGUGUGGUAACUGCAGGUUCAGGGGAGGAGAAAAAUCAAGCAGAAAUAACGCCUGAGUUUUGCAAGUCCGUGUCUGUGAAGCGCUUCAAGUUUUCUCCAGGAAUGCUGAUCAAGCAAAGUCAGGAUGAUGGAGGUGAUGAAGUAACAUGGAGAAUAUCUCCAGUGAAUGAACGACUUCAUGCCGUGUCCAAACAAUUACCAGAGAUGGUAAAGGUGUUGGCGGAUUCAUCACGCUUCAACUCCUUAAGUAUUCAAGAAUGUUCGCUGAAAAAGACGUCUCCUGGGACAGAAAGAAAGUUUGAGAAGCGGCUUUGUUCACCUCCACUGAAGGCGCUUGAUAAAUCAUUAGUAAGCUCAAAUAGGGCUAGCUUGAGAAACAGAAACACCGAUCAUGUAAUGGAUCUGUGGGAAACCAAUGGAAACUUAAACUGCCAGAGCAAAACUGAAGUAACUAACAGUCAGAGUCCUUUUCAGACUCCACCAUCUUUGACAUACGGUAGUGAUAAGCCUGCCAAUGCGGUCAAUAAUAAUGAAGUCACUGAUCAGCUUGGUUCAAGGCAACACAAAAAGGCAUUGAUUGAGCUUUUAGACCAAGUAGAAGAUGUAAUUUCGGUUGAACCAAAAUCUAAGGAGAAAGUUGCCCAUAGUCAUGAUGAACCAGCUAAGCCAGCUUCCAUUGUGCUAGAAGAUGUAAUUUCUGUUGUACCAAAAUAUGAGGAGAAAGUUGCAUCCCAUAGUCAUGAAGAGCCAGCUUCCAUUGUGCUAGAAGAUGUCAUUAAUGUUGAACCAAAAUGCGAGGAGAAAGUUGCAUCCCGUAGUCAUGAUGAACCAGCUAAGCCAGCUGCCAUUUUGCAGAAAUCAGCAGAAUUUUUUUGUGCACGUGACCAAAGGAAAGAGUCAACUAUCUAUUUUCUUGUAUUGGAGGUUUCUGAGAAGCAUGGACAAGUUGAAACAUCUAGACAGCAGUACUCCUUCAAGGUUUUGCGCAUACUGAAUGAACAAAGUGGAGAAGAGCGGGUUUUGCAAUUGAGGGAUGAGUGGUGCUAUAGUGUUGUUGCACCAGGAGAUACUAUUCAUGUCAUUGGUGAGUUUGACAGCGAAGGAAAAUGUGAAAUAAACCGCGAGAAGAAUUUUCUCAUUGUUCAUCCAGAUAUUUUAGUCUCUGGAACAAGGGUUGCUUCCAGUUUCAGUUGCUCAAGGCGAGCUGUGCUGGAUGAGAGGUUAAAAUCUGGCGAGUAUUCAGCUGCAGCAUUGAUUGGCACAUUAUUGCAUCAGAUGUUUCAGGCUGGGCUGAUCAGAGAGUCCCCUACACAAGAAUUCUUGGAGGAUUAUGCAAGGAUAGUGCUCCAGAAAAGUCUUGAGAGCCUAUAUGCAUGUGGAGUUGAUGAAAAUGAUACUCACAAGACAUUGAUUGAGGCAAUUCCAAAACUGCUGAAUUGGAUACGUUCCUUCCAAUAUUCAGAGGUUUCAGAAGGCCCAAGUAUUGAUUUUGGAAGUGAAGAUGGAGUUAAGAAGAUUAAAGUAUCUGAAGUACUUGAUAUUGAAGAAAUGGCAUGGGCCCCAAAAUAUGGGUUGAAAGGCAUGAUUGAUGCAUCCUUGCGAGUAAAUGUAAAAUUCAACACCUGUAAACAUAAUGAGAUGAUUAUGCCUCUCGAAUUUAAAACUGGGAAGGCAACAAAUGGACAGACAGCUAUGGAACAUAAUGCUCAAGUGAUGCUGUAUACCCUUCUAAUGUCAGAAAGAUACUCGCAGCAUAUUGGACAUGGUCUCCUGUAUUAUCUGCACACUGAUCAGACGCAGGGAAUUACUGUUCGAAGAUCUGACUUGGUUGGCCUAAUAAUGUGCCGUAAUGAACUUGCAAAUGAUCUUCUCAAGACCACUAUAACUCAACAACUGCCACCAAUGUUACAGAGUCCAAAUAUGUGCAGAGGCUGUCGACACCUCAAUGUCUGUACCGUUUAUCAUAAGGCAUAUGGUGGCACCACAGAAGGUAGCGGUUUGGGCGGAGUGUUUGAUUCACUUGUUAGCCAUCUAACAAAUGCACAUACUAAUUUUCUUCAAAAAUGGGAUCAGUUGAUUGACUUGGAGGCUAAAGAAGUUGAGGUUGCAAAGAAAGAAAUUUGGUGUUCACAAAGUUCAAAGAAUGACCUUUACGCUCCUUAUUUAUCUUCUCUUGUCCUUGAUACAUCAGAACGAACCACACCAACAAACUUUUGCAAAGGAAAUCAAUUUACUUAUCACUUUGUACAUCGAGAUUGGACUUCCUUGGGCACUCAUCAACAGGAUGGAGAUGCUCUUAAUAGUUAUAAUUUUCCUAUGAAAAAGUUUGAAUCCUCACUUAGGAAUGGGGAUUAUGUGAUAUUGAGCACUGAACCUGGUGGUAUACUAAUAGCUACUGGAGUUGUUGUAGAUAUGAGUUGCUCUCGCAUCUCGGUAUCUCUUUCCAAACGCUUAAGGCUUCCAGGUAGCAGCCGGACUUCACAGGCACAAGAUCUUCAUCAGCAGUUGUGGCGAAUUCAUAAAGAUGAAUUUAUGGGUUCGAUUGCAAUUAUGAGAUACAACCUCAUACAACUAUUUCUGCAAAAUGAGCAGAGUUCUCAUCUGAGGAAGAUGAUAGUUGAUCUGGAGGUGCCUAGGUUUGAUAGUGGAUGUCAAUUUAGUCAAGACCCUGCCAUCUCAUACAUUUGGUCAGAGAAAAACUUGAAUGACGAUCAGCGCCAAGCCAUACUUAAGAUACUUACGGCAAAGGAUUAUGCGCUGAUAUUAGGAAUGCCAGGGACAGGCAAAACAUCCACUAUGGUCUAUGCUGUGAAGGCGCUGUUGAUGAGAGGUUCAUCCAUUUUGCUUACCUCCUAUACAAACUCAGCUGUUGAUAAUCUGCUUCUCAAACUGAAGGCUCAGGGUAUAGAUUUUAUUCGUAUUGGAAGAUAUGAGGUUGUACACGAGGAAGUUCGAGAGAAUUGCUUAUCAAUGAUGGACACUCGUGGUCUUGAAGAGAUAAAGCAAAGGAUAGAGCAAAGCAAAGUUGUUGCUGUUACUUGUUUGGGGAUAACUAGCCCAUUGCUUUCAAACAAGAGAUUUGAUGUGUGUAUCAUGGAUGAAGCCGGACAAACUACGUUGCCGGUAUCAUUGGGACCAUUGACAUUUGCAUCAAAAUUUGUUCUAGUUGGGGAUCAUUAUCAAUUACCACCACUCGUCCAGAGUGCAGAGGCUAGAGAAAAUGGAAUGGCAGUAAGCCUGUUCUGCAGACUCUCAGAAGCUCAUCCCCAAGCAAUUUGUGCUUUGCAAAGCCAGUACCGCAUGUGUGCAGCCAUAAUGGAAUUAUCAAAUGCCUUGAUAUAUGGUCACAGAUUGCGAUGUGGUUCUUCUCAAGUAGAAAAUGCCAAAAUCAAGUACACAACAUUGCCAUCUGGACCUACGUGGAUAAAGGAGGCUUUGAAUCCAGACAGACCUGUCGUCUUUAUAAACACAGAUUUGUUGCUUGCAUUUGAAACAAAUGACCGUAAAGCUGUAAAUAACCCAAUGGAAGCAAAUAUCAUUGCUGAGAUAGUGCGUAGGUUGUUGAGCGGAGGUAUAUUGGAGGAAGAUAUAGGCAUCAUUACACCCUACAACUCUCAGGCAGAUCUUAUCCGGCAAUCUGUUUCCACAUCAGUGGAGAUACAUACCAUUGAUAAAUACCAGGGAAGGGAUAAAGAUUGCAUUCUGCUAUCCUUUGUAAGGUCAAGUGAAAAUCCAAGAAACUACGUUUCUUCAUUGCUUGGAGACUGGCACAGGAUUAACGUGGCUCUUACACGUGCUAAGAAGAAGUUGAUAAUGGUAGGUUCAUGCAUUACACUGUCAAACGUGCCUCUGCUAAAACUUCUCAUAGAAAAGGUGGAAGAGCAAGGUGGCAUUUUGAGCGUCUCCAAGAAGGAUAUUGCUCAUAAGCCGGAACUGAAGAGAUGUUCCACCCUGAGAUGAUGGUAA